AUGUCCUUCCAACCAAAGUGGUGCACUUACUGCGGUGCCAACACCCACAACACCGAAGAGUGUCCCAACAAGAAAGCCAAAGCCCACGAGACUUCAAACGACGAUAGUAGACAAAAUCAAGAUCUCCAGAAUUCCAAAGACGACAACACACAGCGUCGUAAUUCCAAGGCGAAGGCGCCCAUCAUAGCAGGAAUACACACUCCUCUGCCGCAAUCAAGCCCGUUCGAUAGCUUUGACGAUCCUCCAGGCGAGGGAUCUCCUACGAUAUCCACUGUAGGAACCGUUUCGGUUGUUGAUUCGGAUACACCGCUAUUGAACAAGUAUACGGCUCGUUCUGACGACCAGGCUAUCACCUCGGCAGCCGGAGGUGGAAGUAAGCAAUGA